UAGUCGUGUGUCGUCUCAGCUGUUAGCAGGAGCACUGCGUUGAGUUAUUUUUUUCAUUUUACAGUGAAUAUCCAAGCAUGUCAGCAGACAUGGACACGCCGCGGGGGCAAAGGCGGCAAAACAGUGUAGUUCAACCACUUCUUACAGACUUGUACCAAAUCACAAUGGCCUUUGCUUACUGGAAAAGUGGAAAGGUCCUGGAUCGUGCAGUAUUUGAUUUGUAUUUUCGAAAGAAUCCAUUCCAAGGAGAGUUUACGAUUUUUGCUGGUCUUGGAGAAUGUCUCAAGUUUCUUGAGAAUUUUUAUUAUUCAGACAGUGAUAUUGAGUACCUGCAGUCCACUCUACCAGCUUCUGUUGAACCCGAAUUUUAUGAAUACCUAAGGAAUCUUACCGCACAAGAUGUAACCUUAUGUGCUAUUGAAGAGGGAUCAGUUGUAUUUCCAAGGGUGCCAUUGAUCAGAGUACAAGGUCCUUUGAUAAUGGUACAGCUUUUAGAAACGACCUUGUUAACCCUCGUGAAUUAUGCAAGUUUAAUGGCAACAAAUGCUGCCAGAUAUCGAAUGGUUGCAGGAAAAAAUGUAUCCUUGUUGGAAUUUGGCCUCAGAAGAGCGCAAGGGCCUGACGGUGGACUGAGUGCCUCGAAAUACAGCUACAUUGGUGGUUUCGAUGGGACAAGUAACGUGUUGGCAGGAAAAUUAUUUGGGAUACCAGUAAAAGGGACCCAUGCACAUGCAUACAUUACUUCCUUCACCGGUGUUGAAGACUUACAGAAUAAAACACUGGUACACAAAAAGACAGGUAUAACUUACGAUCUCUUGGCGCUCGCUUACACUUAUCGUGAUUCUAUCGCCUCUGAGUUGGGAGCUUUAGUGUCUGAGGCAUCAGAUGGAGAACUAGCGGCCUUGAUAAGCUUUGCAAUUGCUUUGCCAGAAGGAUUCAUGGCCCUAGUAGACACGUACGAUGUUAAGAGCAUAGAAGCAUCGGCCAAACGACAGGCGCACAUAGCCAGUCUAAAUGUAAAGCCUAAACUUCUAACUAACGGACUUGCUUAUGGGGCAAAUAAGUCACUACUAAAUGGUGGAAAAAAUGGCCCGCUAGUAUCAAAUUCUACGAUGUAUUGCAACAAUGGCUGUGUAAAAAGAGGUGAAUUGGGUGAGCUCUAUGUGAGGAGCGGGCUGUUGAAUUUCUGCGCUGUGGCAUUGGCGUUGUCUGACCUGGGUUACCAAGCAAUUGGUAUUCGCAUCGAUAGUGGGGAUCUAGCCUACUUGAGUAUGACUGCACGAGAAGUAUUUGAAAAAAUUGCAGUCAAAUAUAAUUUACCAUGGUUUGCAAAGCUGACAAUAGUUGCUUCCAAUGAUAUUAAUGAAGAGACUAUAUUAAGCUUGAACGAACAGGGGCACAAGAUUGACUGUUUUGGAAUUGGAACACAUUUGGUAACAUGUCAAAAGCAACCUGCAUUGGGAUGUGUUUAUAAAAUGGUGGAAAUAAAUGACCAGCCAAGAAUAAAACUCAGUCAGGAUGUCGGCAAAGUAACAAUGCCUGGUAAAAAAAAUGCUUAUAGAUUAUAUGGCGCUGACGGACAUGCAUUAAUUGAUUUAUUACAAAGAUCCAUAGAGGAUCCACCGCAAGUGGGGGAUAAAGUUCUGUGCAGACACCCAUUCCAAGAAUCGAAACGAGCGUAUGUUAUUCCAACCCGUGUAGAGUCACUGUACAAGGUGUACUGGGAGAAUGGUAAGAUAUCCACUCCAUUACCGACACUAGAAGAAACUAGAAAUAGGGUACAAGUUUCCCUUAGAACAUUACGUAAUGACCACAAACGAAAUCUGAAUCCAACACCUUACAAGGUUGCAGUCAGUGAUGAUUUGUACAACUUCAUUCAUGAUUUGUGGCUACAGAAUGCCCCGAUUGGUGAACUUUCAUAGGGUUGUAAAAAACUGAUAAGCACGGAAUGCCUACGGAUUAAUGAUUAAAUAUUUUAUGCUGAUGUUAUCUUACUGCAUACUAUAAGUAUAAUACAGCUGUGGAGCGUGUAUGCUUCAGAAUAUAUUGACAAGCCGACUGUGAAAAGGCUUUUCGAUUACAAUAAGUACAACAGUCCUCAGGAAUGCUCUAAAAUUCCAAGGUUUCCAAAAACUUAACAUUUUAUCCCAAAAAUAUUCCAUCACUACAUAAAAUCAGGAAAACUUUUUAAAUCCUAACGCUAUUGCCUUGAUUAUGUCAUCAUGUGUGAUUAGAGACAAGGUCUGGCAUUCAGAAGCCAAGAUAAUCUAUGGAAUCAAAUGAUUUUGGUUCUAGAAGUUUCCUAGCCAAUCAUUUGAUUUCGAAAUCUAAUCUCAGUUGCAACUAAUUAUAAUGCUGUUCCAAGUUUUUUCGUAGUAAUUAUUGG